AUGACCGCGGCUGGUAGCGCAAGGGCGUGCGGCGGCGGCGAGGGGUCGCCGUCGCGGAGCAGGGCCAGGACCUCCCGGUGCCGGCCGAGGCGCGACAAGGUGCGCACGCGGGCGCUCCAUGGCUCCGUGCCGUUAGCGUCGCCUGCUAAGGCGGCGGCGGUGGAGGUCGCCGCGGAGCUCCAACAGCUGACGGAGAAGCUUGAAAGAGAAGCCCAUUCCAGAGCUGACUUGGAGAAGGAGCUUGACAAGGAGAGGAAGACCAAGGCUCUUGUGGAGGAGGAGGUUGACAAGGAGAGGAAGGCCAAGGCUCUUGUGGAGGAGGAGCUUGACAAGGAGAGGAAGGCCAAGGCCACGUACAAGCAGCAGAUAGCAAAGAACCAAACUGAAGCGAAGAAAAGGAAGAGUGAUAUGGCCACUAUCUGA